AUGGCGUUUACACCACAAUCACUCCCUGAUCUAUCGGGGCAAGUCUACAUUGUAACUGGCGGCAAUGCCGGAAUUGGUUUCAACACCGUAGUGGAAUUGGCAGCUCACAAGGCAAAGGUGUACAUGGGCGCACGAUCCGAGGCCAAAGCCAACGCUGCAAUCGCUGAGAUCAAAAGUCAAAAUCCUGACGCAGAUAUAUCCGUCUUGGUCAUGGACAUGAUGAAUUUGAAGACUGUCAAGGCCGCGGCUGAGGAGUUUGCACGGCUCCACGGUCUGGUGAAUAACGCGGGUAUAAUGGCAACACCAUACGAGGAAUCCGUGGAUCAGUACGAAGCUCAAUUUCAGACAAACUACCUCUCUCACUGGCUCCUCACCUACACUCUGUUACCUAUUAUCACCGAGACUGCGCGAUUGACCAGCCCUGGUACCGUCCGAAUCGUCAAUGUCAGCUCCGACGGCCAUCUCGUGUUUGCUCCCUCGGUAGGUAUCGAUUUCAACGAUAUAAACCAAACCAACGGCAGCGCAUUUUCGCGAUACGGAAUGUCGAAACUAGCCAACAUCCUGCAUGCCAAAGAACUACAUCGCAGAUACGGUCCAUCAUCUGACAAUGACGGAAAGGAAGAGAUUUGGACCGCCAGUCUGCAUCCCGGCACAAUUGACACUGGUCUAGGCACUAAAGCCACCGGUUCGUGGGCUUGGCAAUUACUUAUCCCUGUGAUGCGCCUGUUCAGACUCUACAGUCCACUUGAGACUGCGGCGUAUACGUCUCUAUUUGCAAUCGCGAGCCCAGAUUUUCAACGGGAUAUGAGCGGAGAGUAUUUGAAGCCUGUCGGUAUCAUUGGCAAGACUAGUGCAGCUGCGCAGGAUGCGAAGAUGGCGGAGGAGCUCUGGCGCUGGACGGAGAUUGAGAUGAGGAUCAAGGGAUUCAUCAAUUAA